AUGACGCGCCGGGUGAGAAAUGUAGAUACCAGCGACUGGGACGAUGGCUGGGACGACAGCUCUUGGGGCGGCGGCUGGGGAGGCGGUUGGGAUGAGGGCUAUGUGAAGGCCAAGGCCAAGCCGAAGGCUGCCCCGAAAACCAUCCCCGGCAUGGCGCCGGCCAAGGCCAAGUCCUCCGCGAAGUCGGCCCCCAAGGCAGAGGCGAAGCCGGAGGCCAAAGCGAAGGAGAAGGUUGAGUCGCCAGAGGAGGCGCCAGAGCUUCCUCCGGAGACUGCUGAUAGCUCAGAUCCGCUGGGAUUACUUUGCUCCGCGGAGAAGCGGGGCCGCGCCUUCGAGCUCUACCAGCGCGAGGCGACUCGGGGCGAAUCGAAGGGCUGGCUCCAGGUUACAGCCGUGGAGGUCUCGCUGCAGGCAGUGGAGCGCGAACUCCAGAAACUCCGGCAGCGCGAUGUGGCCACACCAUGUCGGAGGAGUGAGGUGCGGCAGCUGGAGCCACACCUCCCAGAGGCCCCGAUCGUCACACCACGCCGGCGCUGGUCUCGCGGCAGGGCUGAGGAGACGAAGAGGCCCCAUGUCGAGGCGGACAGGCGAGAGGAGCCACGGCUCACCCGAGCUGCGUCCUGGGACACAGGCCGAGGGAACGCCGCGCGCCGGGUGCCGCUGCUGUCUUUGGAGCAGUUCCUAGGACAAGAGGUGCCGAACUUCCCCUUCGCCUGA